AUGCACUGUGCUGCCACCGGAUGCAGUUGUCAUGGAGAUGGAAAAGGAGCCAGCAUCCGCUCCUUUGCUGUUGCCAUGGAAAUCCCUGUUGCAGCAGCAUCGCUCUCUGUAGCGCCAGGAGAGCCGGAGGAGCAGCGCGAGCCCACCCUACCCGUUCAGCACCGUGGACAGCACCAUAGGACCAGACCGCCGUUUAACCACGGGAGAUUUUACAUGCUGAUAGUUAUCGGAGAAAUCUCAACGGACCACCACCUUCAGUCUGCCAAAAAACACAUAAAACAGGGUGAGUGGGCUACUUGACAGGGUAUUAUAAGUCUUUACACAUCUUUCUAAACUGUUCAAGUUCAAGAUUACCCACAAAGAUGUUGUUUUAUGUAAAAAUGUGGUUUGUUUAGAUGUCAGAGGCUUGACCCCUAUGCAUUGGCCUGCACUUGCAAUAUUAAAAUGUAUGACAAAAAUCUAACCAAAUUGGUUUUUAGAACAAGCUGUGACUUUGUUUGGAAUAUUGUCAUCUAAUUAAUCCAUUGCAGCGGAUCAAAAAGGGAGCGGAUGAUGCCUAUAUCUCAAAUACAGGCUGCAGUAUGAGUGAGUUAGAUUUCAGAUUGAGCAGAGCUGUUUGGUAAUGCAUACAUAGAGGACACUGCACCAGAUGGAUAGCCCCCUAUAGGGCUGAAUAUAGCAAUACGGAACACAAAACUAUUGUACCAGUAUGUGAUAUCCUGAAUGACUGCAGUGUUUCUGGUAUAAAGAGUUUAAUUACUCUUUAUAGUUUGCAAUGGAUUAUUCUCCAUAGUUAUUGCAGUUGGCUGUAAUAACUAAGAAUUUGCAAAUGUGAAAUCAAUAGGCCCUACUGGGUUAUCUGAAACACUGGAAUAUAGAUGACUGGAAAUAAUCCCAGACAAAAAAAACAUGAUGUUAAAUUAUUCUAGAGAAAACUGUGACAGGUCGUUGAAUAGAAUAAGGUUGAGGCAAUACACUGGCCAAUCAAGAAAAAACACAAACCCUGAACUGAUGUCUCUUCCUGUGCCAAUGGACACUCUGUUAAAUGAGAACUGGCAUCAUUCACAACAGGGAAACAGCUUGCAUACUGGGUAGUUCACCAUUUACAGGGGGCGUAAUAAGGUUCAUCAUAUAACUGCCAAUAUUAAUAACAAUCAUCUUCCUACAAGGGGUUAUUUGCCAACCCAGUAAUUUUCCGAUGUUACUGUACAUUAGGGGUUAUCCAUUCCCAGUGCUCGAAGGAAGGCCAUGGUGUUGAAUGGUUUUUAAUCCAUGACUUUGAGUCAGUGGUUGAUUAAGAUGGUGAAGGCCCUCUCCAGCCUAUUAGUAGAAAUCUACCAAUCAGUGCCAAGGAGCAAUAACAACCAGCAGGGUCAUGUUCAUUAGGUCACGUGACAGAAAUCAGCCCCUAGACAGGCACUUCUACUCCAACAGUAAUGUGUUUGUUGUAUGGUUAUAGAGAAUUAUGGGUAAUAUAGUGCAUCAUGCUACAUUUGUUAUCGUGUGUUAACAGGGGUGCGGUCUUGGGACAUCGAUCUGACUCUGUGCGACCUGAACAGGGAGCUGCAGCUCUUCGAGACGCGACACUCCGCCCAGUUCUCCUCAGAGGUCAAAGGUCAGUCCUGUUCAGGGUCAAAG